CAUAUGUGAGUCAUUUAUCACUAUGUACAGUAUUACAAAUCCUCAUGUUUGCACGGUUUGCAUGGUGUGAAUGGCUAAGGAAUAAGAAGUGGAUCCUGCAAAUUACCCCAAUGACUAUUAUUUAAUAUCGGCCGAAACGCGUCGUCAUCUGAGAUUAUGAUUUGGAACAUCAUACAUCCAUGUCAUUUAGGAAUAGAAUCGCACGUCAAGAACCUCUUCCCAUAGACCAAGCAAAACAAUUCAGCCUCGGUAAAAUGGAACCCAACUUCUCGCCGCGAGCUGGAACUCCUCACUCCAGCAGGACUGAGCUAAUCAUUGGUGGGUUGAGAACAUAUGUUUACGGGAUAGAAGAAAUUGAAAAGGCGGGAUACCAAGAUGUUGCUGUCCUAUAUCUUGCCCACGGUCGUACAAGAACCUACAGGGAUAUGGAGAUGACGGCCUAUGAGAUUUUACAUCAGUACCGGAAUACGCAAGGACAGAAGAAAGCAGGUCUGAUUGCUGUGGCAUUUGAUAUGCGGAAUCAUGGAGAGAGAGUGGUUACUCCAAAGUCAAAUCAAGCAUGGACCAACGGGAAUGUAACACAUGCACAGGACAUGAUUGGUGCAGUAUCUGGCUCUGCACAGGACAUUGAACUUCUUAUCAAUUACCUCCCAACUUAUCUUCCACAGUUUGACAAAUUUUAUAACGUUGUGUCCGGUGUUUCCCUUGGCGGGCACACUUCCUGGCGCGUAGGAACAGACGCAAACAGCAAAUUGCAAGGUCUUGCUAUAGUAAUCGGCUCCCCAAAUCUGACGGGCCUUUUACUUUCGCGACUGGGAGUAAAGAUUGGUGAACUUUCCGUGCCGGAAGAUGAGCUAUACACGGUACCCUAUGACAAGCUUUCUCCAGUGUUGACAGAAGAGCAACGCCGUCGGUGGCCUCGUGCGCUAAGCGAAUUGAUCGCUGAGUUGGAUAGAAAUACAGCGGAGAAGUUUCCACGAAAUGUGCCGACCUAUAUUUUGAAUGGGAAACUAGACCCAUUGGUACCUGACCGGUUCACAAAAGCAUGGGUUGCUAAACGUAGAGAUGAGGGUUAUGCCAACAUCGACUAUUUUGUCCAGGAAAACACCGGCCAUACCUGCACCGAUGUUAUGGUGGAUAACAUUGCCCAGUGGCUAGUCAAGUUGUUUUCCAUUUAACCAUUUCACUUUCCUUACACCCUAUGAGACGUGUGAUAUGGAUGCGCCCUUAAUUAGAACAUGUUAGAAAUGUGACUGUUGCGAUUCGUUAGAAAAUACGCAACAUUAUCCGUUGCGCCAUUUUUGGAAUGGUGGUUAUAAAUAUGGCAGGAUUUUGUUAUCUACCCCGCCUUCUCAUAUAGCACAAUGAAAGCCAGGCAGCAU